CCGCAAUCGCCAGCAAGCUCGUUGAAUGGAUCAAGGGGCCAGUUCACGAAGAAGAGAGAUAAACAGCCUCCUGUCCGAUUGCGACGAUAUCAGCACCAAAAGGAUUCAGAGGUCGUUGGUCAUGACUAGCUGAUGAUUUUUGCUCAGGAUCACAUCAGUAAAUCUUAGCAGUUGCUGUUCCAGCCAUCAUGAAUCCUUCAAACAUCUUUGGUGGACCACAAACUGCCUUUCAGGCACCAAACAACAGUAUUCAGUCUGGAAACCCAUUUCAGCCCUUUCCCCAGCAGAACACAGCACAGGGUGUUGGUUUUGGACAACCUUCUGCUUUUAGUCAGCCAGCUUUUGGCCAGCCAACACCACAGUCUUCUGUCUUCGGUCAGGUGCCUACUUUUGGCCAGACUGGUGGGCUAUCACAAGGAUUGGGGCAGCCAUCAUCAUUCUCUUUUCUGGGAACAGCCCCAGCCUUUGGGCAGUCGAGUUUGGGUCAAGGCACACUUGGAUUUGGACAGCCACCGCCUUCAUAUUCUCAAGCUACAGGACAGAAUCAGACCUCUGCUUUCGGUCAGCCUUCUGCAUUUGGUCUUUCCUCCAGUGCCUCACAGUCUUUGACAAGCUUCAGCAGCACUGUUAGCAACCAGCCCAGUUUUGGUCAGCUUUCUGCCCUCUCUGUACCCACUGCCACAUCCAGCUCCUCAACAGCGGGUAGGACUGAUAAUCCCACUAGUGGGAACCAGUUUAGUUUCAAGCAACCCAAUGAUGCUGUUUUUAAACCUAUUUUCAGCAUCAGCCCCGAACCUCUCAGCUCAAAUCUGUCUUUAGCCUCUGAAAGUGUUGGACCGUCCAAGGCCGUGACUAGUACUAUGGAGAAUUCCUCCAGCGGUUCACUGUUCUCAUGCCUAAAGCAGAGCACUCUGGGCUUCAGCUUCUCACAACCAGCAGCAGCUCCUUCUGUCUCAUUUUCUAAUGCUAGUUUUUCACAAAAGGAGACGCUUGGUGGUGGCAGCAACAUUCAGUUCACCUUCUCUCAGCCAGCCAACCCUUCCAGCACCAGUACGCCUGCUUCUCAGCCCACGACUCCGUCCACCUUCAGCUUCACAGCACAGACCCUUCAGUCUCAAUCAGAUACCAAAAUGCCUGCUUUUGGGGGUACUGGCACUGGAUCCUUUGGAUUUGGGGUCCCAAAAACUGAAGCCCCACAAAGAACGGAGGAUAGAGCAGCUGAUGGACAGAGCAGUGGAGGAGAAACAGCUUUUGUUGGUUUUGGCAUAAAACGUAAAGAGGAGCCGGUUGAUCCAAAUGCAACUAAAAGCAUUAUUGAGACUGGUGCAGAUGGACCAAGACAACCUGCCAAACGCCCGCUGUUGAGAACUCGUGGCCCGGCUGGAGGGCUUUUUCUCAAUGCAUUGUCUGAGCUAAUGAAAUCCAAAGUCACUCCAGUGAAGAGAGAAGAUCAUCUUCCAGAUAGACCAGAUCCGCCUGGUCCAGCCAGUGAUGUGGCCACUAUACCUCCGAGAUCGCAGGCUCCCACAGUACUGAAAAAAGCUGAGGAAGUUUCACUCAAGCCUGAACCACAGACAAACACUCCAGGUAGACGUGCUUCUCGAAAGGAGAGCAAAGACAGUUUGGCUGGUCUCUCUCCUACUGAUGCCACUGUUAUACAGUGCAAAGGCAUCCCGCCCAACCUUAACAAGAAGGACCUUGUCAUACAGCAUUUUGGGCACUUUGGGAAAGUGCUUAAGGUGUAUUGCAGGCCUCAGAAGAAUCUGACCAUUGUGCAUUUCCAAGAUCAUGCAUCUGCAGCCAAAGCCAAAAAGAAGGGAAAGCUGUUCCAGAGGACUGAAAUUCAGAUAUUUUGGCAAAGAAAAAAGCAAAGUCCAAGUGAAAAGGAUGCUAGACUUUCAGAAGUCAAAGAUUUGACAGAGGACUCUGAAUCUGGUGCUGCGUUUUUGCAGUCCUCUCCUAGUCGUAAGCCUCUCCCCAGAGUAGUGCCCAUCAGCACCACUAGCUCCCUUACUAAAAGCUCUCCGAUCCAAAAAUUGGCUGUUGCUAAAAUACUCCAGUUUGAGAGUGAGGCGCCACUGGAGUCAGUCUCAGAGGAGCGGAGUGUAGAACAACCUAUUAUUAACCUGCCCUCAGUACUGCAGCCUCUGAUUGGUCAGGUGGCUGAAACAGCAGAGGAGAGAUACCGCCUCCUAGAGCAGAGAGACAAGAUUUUACGGCAAGCUCGACCCAAAAGAACAGACCUGGAUAUGUCCAAAGUGUUUGUGGGAACAUGCCCUGAUAUGUGUCCAGAGAAAGAGCGGUAUAUGAGAGAAACCCGCAACCAGCUGAGUGUCUUUGAGGUUAUUCCAGAUACAGAGAAGGUGGAUCAUUUUGCUACCAUCAAAGAGUAUAGCAGGUCUUCGGCGGAUCAGGAAGAACCUCUCCCUCAUGAGCUUAGACCACUUCCUGUGCUAAGCAUGACUAUGGAGUACCUCGUAACUCAGAUUAUGGACCAGGGUGAGGGCAAUUACCGUGACUGGUAUGACUUUGUCUGGAACAGAACCAGAGGAGUUCGUAAGGACAUUACCCAGCAGCAUCUAUGUGAUCCAGAAAUAGUAUCACUCAUUGAGAAAUGUACCCGUUUCCACAUUCACUGCGCCCAUCACCUCUGCCAGGAACCCAUGAUGUCUUUUGACACAAAGAUCAACAAUGAAAAUAUGACAAAAUGCCUGCAGAGUCUAAAGGAGAUGUAUCAAGACUUAGCCACUAAGGAGGUGUACUGCCCAAAUGAAGCAGAGUUCCGCCAGUACAAUGUGUUGCUUAAACUCAAUGAUGGAGAUAUUCUUCGUGAGGUGCAGCAGUUCCGUAAAGAGGUACGGGAGUCUCGGGAGGUGGAUUUUGCCGUGCAGGCCUUUGCAGCACUCAAUAGCAAUAACUUUGUCCGGUUCUUUAAACUUGUGAGUGGAGCUUCAUAUUUGAGCAGCUGCAUACUUCACAGAUACUUCAAUCAGGUGAGAAGGAAGGCACUAAAAAUCCUCAAUGUGGCCUUUACUGUUGGAUCCCAAAGAUCCACCAUUUAUCCAGUCGAGGACUUUGUUAGAAUGCUCAUGUUCCACAAUGCCAGUGAAGCCACAGAGUUUAUUCAAAAGUAUGGCCUUACUAUCAAUGAUGGCAUGGUAGAACUUAGUCGCACUGCCUAUCAGGAGUCUGAUUUCUCCUUACCGCAGAGGAAGUCUGUGGUCAUUGAAAGGAAGAGAACAGUUCUGAUUGGUGAGGUGAACGGUGGACCACUGCCCAACCCACCCCAGCACAAUCCCGUUUGCAGCUUUGACUCCAACAACAAGUACAGAGGAGACGGUCUGUCUUCUGAGCCUCCACCAGCUGCCCUGAAGGCUCAUUCACAGAGGCAGGAGUUGAAGCCCUUCAUGGAGCCUGACUCCAGGCCUCAGGUGACAACAAGGCUUCUGGCUGAACCACGGCUGUUCAUGGACCACCCUUGCAUGACAGAGCCUGUAAAACCUGAUGACGCGGAUGAAACCGGAGAAAAGGACCAAACAGAUUCCACUCUUCCUCUGGUGCCACAGCUGGUUUUCCAACCUAUAUUAGCCCCACAACCAGUCCGACCUCCAUCUCCUCCACCCAAAACAGAACCAGCCUACACAGAUCAGGAUAUAAUGGCUGAGGUGAAUGCGGUGCUUAAUGAGGUGGUGGAAGCUGAGGUCUCUUAUUUAACCCGUGCAGCUGCUGAAUAUGUGUCUGCAGCCCUCAGUGUGAGUGACAGUGAGUUGGAAACGGUUGUUAGUGAAGUCUUAAAUCAGCUGCUGAGAGAACUGUCCACGUCAGAGAUCAUCGCUGAGAAGGAGAGAAUCACAGAGGAGAAACGCAAGCAGGAAGAAGCCAGGCGGAAGGAAGCCUUUCUUGAGCAGUUCAGCGAUGAGCUGUGUGCUAUAAUCAGUGACGAGGUGCUAACAGAGAGGAUUAGAGUGACUGCAGAGGCUGAAAUAAGGCUUGCUUUAGAAGAAAAGGCGGCUUUUAUUGCCCGCUGCUCAGUGGAGGAAUGCAACCGCAUAGUAGAGGAGACGCUGGCUGAGGAGCUGGCUGCAAUGGCACAAGAGAUCUUGGACAAUGAGUUGAGGCGUGUCUGCAAGUUCAUCAAGAGGUGGCGUGAUGUGGUAGGCGUGCGUCGUCAGCUAAAGAGACAGAUGCGUGGUUUCCCUGCAGCCCCUGGCUGUGUAGAUCCGCGGUUCAAACUGAAGGCUCUUGUACCCAGUGCCCCUUCCGACCCCUCUCUGGACCUCCUGGCCCAGGGGAUGGUCAACCUGGGUAAUUCCGGCAACAUGUCGGUUUCCUGCACAAGAUUGCUGAAAAUGAGACAGGAAGCAGUUCAUCAAAUGAAAGUGUCCUACUACUACAAUCUCUUACUGAGUGAGCGUGUAUGGAUGCCUCUUGACCUGCCCACUCUUGUGGCAGAAAGCACCCCUAAUGCACCAGACAGAAUCUUCUGGAAAGCCACGCUUCUGUUGCCAAGCAGCAUUGAUAGUGACAUAAGUUAUGCAAGCAGGAUUCUGACACACUGGCUUGAGGUUAAAUUGGGUAAAGAAAUCCAAUCCGAAGAGAAUGAGAAAGAACUCAAAGGGCAACUGAAAACGCUGUGCAUCAGUCACAGCCUGACAAAUAUUAGAGGAAAGACUCAUGAAGUACACAUUUCUAUAAAGGCGUGUCAUGGCCCUCUGAGUGCAGAAAACCAAUGUCUGCUGGAGGAACAGAAGGAGCUCCAUGGUACCAAUGCUCUGCUGAUGCUACUUCCCUCUCUCAGUGCUGGACAGGGUGAAGAGGAUGAGGAUGUGUCCCUGCUCUCUGCCCUCCUUCAGCUGAGGCAGGUGAAGCAGGUCAGCUGCUGGCACUGUCCUGUACCACUGGUUGUGGUGGUUACUGGCAACCAAGAGGGUGGUACUAAUGGUCAUGGUUUGGAAGAAGCACUCAUGUUGAAUAUGUUUGUCAAAGAUGGUCUCAUCUCUGAAUACAUCUUUGUCCAUAUACCAGCAAACCUCACUGACCUGCAAGGCUCAGAGCAGAUGAGUCAGAUCAUCAGGUGGCUUGCCGCCCACUCUCCCGCUGGCCCAGUCCUGUCCUCUCAGACCCUGCUGCAGGUCGUUGAGUUAGGCCUGUGCCGUGAGUUCUACUCCAGACUACAACGAGACAAGCAAGACAGGAAGCAUGCGGGUCUUCCGUCUCAGCACCCAGAGCCUAUCGUGCAGCUCUGUAACAAUGUGCUGAGUUUCCUAGCAGGUGUGGUUUCGUCAGAGCAUCUGUCCAGUCUCUGCUGGCCACCUCCUGAAUUCUCUCUCCCCGAGAACAGUGAGCUGAUUCCUCAUCAUUCCUGGAACUCUCCAGAACACCUAGAGUGGCUAAAGAGAACCAUCCUCAGUCGGCAACUUCCUGAGUGGGAUCCGCCUCCCAUUAGUGGUAGUUUUAGAGCUUACUGUUUAGUUUUUUUUUUGUAUAUAUUCCAGUAUGUAUCCCAAAUCCCUACCUCACCCUUAAGCCAACCUAUUCUAAUGUCCCGCCUGGAGAUCCUGCUAAGAAGAGUGAACUACCAAUACUUUCAUGUGAGCGGUGCAGAUGAGGAUGACUAUGAGGAGAUUGGACCGUCCUUUCACGAAAUUCCCUGGGAUGAGAUCAUAUGCCUGUGUGUAGAGCAUCGUAUGAUGGACUGGAUUUUGGAACCUCUUGUGGCAAAAGAUGCCCUCACGGAUGAUGGUGAAAUUCUUGUAUACUUUAACAAAGACAGUCUGAAGAAUUUCCAGCCCCCUGACAGCUGGAUAAAGGCUGUGAAACUGACAUAUCAGGAAAAACAGCAGGCCUCAGAAGUUAGGGUUGGAGAGCAGAUACAUUGGAUGGAAGCACAUCUUUUGCACCCUUCAUCAUUUCCUCUUAACCUGACCUCUAUGCCCGUGACCUUGACCCCCUCCCGAAAGCAUCUUGCUGCUGGCACUGUCCAUAUACAGGAGACUGAAACGGCUGACCUGGUUGAGAAAAUAUCAUCUCCUAGCAAAAUAAACAGACUCUUUGAUGCAGACAGAAUACAGACUUCCAUAAUGGAGCGACUUCAGCGUACUCUCUCAACUGUUCAGGAGAUGAAUGCUGAGGGCCAGAGAAUCGGAGAGCAGAUUCAGCGUCGGAUUGAAGUGGAUCAUUUGUCCUCUGCUUCUUUUCCUCUCUUCCUCCCCUCCACCCUCCUCUGUGCACCUCCUCUAGUUAGGACCUCCUCUUCCAAGCACCCUGCUGCUACCAUUCACAUACAAGAAGUGGAACAGACUGCUGCAUCUUUUGAAAAACACAGACCAGUAUCUUUGUUACAACGUUUGCAGGCCUUGAAAAGAGAGUUGUCGAGUCAGAAAGAGGAGGAACGUGUGUGUGACCUUAAGCUGAAGUGUCUUUUAGACAUUGUAGAGAACUGAAGAUGAUUCAGUAUAACAGCAGCUGCUGAAUACCACUUCCAGUCUCUCAGUUUGAAAGAAAAUGUCCUUUAUCUGCUGCUUAUUGGUCUCAACAGUUUUAUUUUUGCUGAUUUUAAUUUUUUGAUUCAGUAUAUUUGCUCAAGACGUGUGCCUCAUCCAUUAAGUUUAAUUAAAUCUUAGUGUGAAUCUCCUUGUACUUAAACACAAAUUUAGAACUGGUUCAUUUGUUUUCAUACAUAGUUUCCAGGUUUCUGAAUGAUAGCGUUGAAUGUAUUUUGUUCAAAACAAUAAUUCUGUUGUAUUUAAUUGUAUAUUUUUGGACAACAAUAAAGAAAGUUUUUAUUCAA